UUUUGGUCCAUCGACGUCGUUUUUUUUGUUUUUCCCCUUUUAAUCUGCAGCCGACUUUUUGGGCUGGUCGGCGUGCAUUUCCAUUUCCAACUUCUUUCCCCUUCCCUCUCUUCCAUUUUCUUAAUCCCAAAAAUAAAAUGUAAAUUAUUGCGUCCCCGAUUGGUUGGAUUGUUCAACCUUUUUGGUGGGCCUUUUGUUUUUAAUCAGAUUAUACAAAUAAACUGUUUCUGGGUUUUGUUCUUUACUUUCUUCUCUCUAUUGGGAUCCCCAUCAUCUUUGCAUCUCUCCAUUUAUUGAAAUUCUUAUCGUUGAUGCUUGAUUGAGUUUCAUUUUGGACUACUUUGGAGGAUUAAUUUAUCCUAUGAGCUUGGUUUUGUUGGGACAUUGGCUGUAAUGGGAACUUUAUCUGUUGAAGCUUGUACUGGAGGAAGUCUUAGAACUUAUUUGUUAUCCGCUGUUUCUGAAUGCCUACUGAUUUGUAUGCUGUUUUUGCACUCCAUAUUCUCAUUUUUUAUCACAAAAUGUGCUCGUUUAUGGAAACUGCGCACUCCGUGCUUGCUAUGUUCGAGACUCGAUCAUGUUUUCGGCUCUCAGAAAAAAGGUUACCUUUGGACAUUGAUUUGUGGCAAACAUAAGUUGGAGGUUUCAUCUUUGGUUCUUUGUCACGCUCAUAACAAGCUUGUGAAUGUUCAUGACGUGUGUGAAAACUGCCUCUUUUCAUUUGCAACGAUCAAUAAGUUGAAUUCUGAGACUUACAGAUUAUUGGUUGGUAAGCUGGGGGAGGAUCCUCAUUUUGGUAUUGACAGUGACCCUUUGCUUGGGGAUCAAAAACAUUGUUCGUGUUGUGAGGAGUCGUACGUCCCAAGAGGGUUUGUUCAAACGUUAAUACAGACCAGAUCGAGCGGAUUGAAGGCUGAGGAUCUCAAUGUUCCCUUGUCGAGUUCGAUUGUUCCUUGUAAGGUAGAUACCCAAGGGUCGUGUUGUGAGGAGUCAUACGUCCCAAGAGGGUUUGUUCAAACGUUAAUACAGACCAGAUCGAGUGAAUUGAAGGCUGAGGAUCUCGAUGUUCCCUUGUCAAGUUCUAUUGUUCCUUGUAAGGUAGAUAUCCAAGAGUCGUGUUGUGAGGAGCCAUGCGUUCCAAGAGGGUUUGUUCAAACGUUAAUCCAGACCAGAUCGAGCGAAUUGAAAGCCGAGGAUCUCGAUGUUCCCUUGUCGAGUUCGAUUGUUCCUUGUAAGGUAGAUAUCCAAGGGCCUCCAAGCAAUCCUUUACCUCAUGUUCAAUACAAAGAGCUGAAUAUUACUUCAGACACAGAAUCUGAUGGAAAUGGAGGCACUUUGGUGGUUGAAACAGCCAAUUCUAAGGAUGAUUUCGCCCUUCAAGAUGAUAAUAUGGAGGUUAACUUCAUUUCUCUGGCUAGUAAUAUAACCUUGACGACGUUAGACGAGCCAGCUUUGGCACCUGAACCAUCGGUUGUAUUAGGCGACGAUGCACUGCCUCGUGUAGAACGUGGUGUCUCGAUCGGGCACGGUUUGGAUGAAUUGACUCCAAAGCACGUCGAAGCUAAUGACGGUUUCUCUUCACCAAAUGAUCUCCUUUCUCUUGACAAUAUGGUUCCUUCUUCAAACACUAUAGUAACUUCUGUUGAAGCUGUAGAAGAAAGCUAUGUUACUAGAAGUGAAGAACACGAAACGAAAAGCAGGGGAACGGAGAAAGCGGAAAUAUCGCCAACAAAAGCAACGUCUGAAGAAGAUACCGAAACUCAACCUGUUUCGAGUGACGCUGCUCAGAUGGCACCCAAUACAUUGGAGCUUGGUGAUGCUUAUAAGAUAGCUGUAGGUGCUAGAGCAGGAAGACAAUUGUCUGGUAAGCUUUCGGAACAAUGGAUUGAGAAGGAUUCGUCAAAAGUUAGCGACGAUCUGAAGCUUCUCAUGACACAACUCUCGUUUAAUCGGACGAACGACCAAUCACGGGAAAUGAGUCCAAGGUUGUCCAUAAAUGGGGAUGAUGUCUCAAACGUCAUUGGGAUGCAGAUACCACAAAAAAGGAUAACACUUGAAAGAAACGAGUCGAGCUUAGACUCUCUAGAUGGAAGCAUUGUGAGUGAAAUCGAAGGCGAAAACGUGGUUGAUCGGUUGAAACGACAGGUCGAGUAUGAUAAGAAGCUUAUGAUUUCAUUAUACAAGGAAUUGGAGGAAGAAAGAAAUGCAUCUGCAAUUGCUGCAAAUCAAGCAAUGGCUAUGAUUACUAGACUACAAGAGGAGAAGGCUAAUCUUCACAUGGAGGCAUUGCAGUGUUUAAGGAUGAUGGAAGAACAAAGCGAGUAUGAUGAUGAUGCCUUACAGAAGGCGAAUGAUCUCAUUACAGAGAAGGACAAGGAGAUACAAGAUCUCGAAGCAGAACUCGAAUUUUUUCGGAUUAAUUUUCCUAAUGCAUAUACAAUAGAUAAUCUAAUCGAGAUGUCUGUGAAGGAAAGAGAUAUCGGGGUCGUUCAUUUAGAGUCGAAUCAGAUCGGAACGAUUGGUUAUGGAAAUCUGGUUGUAGGUAAACCCGAUAUCCACGAGAAAGUUGGAAGCGAAGGCGGUACGUUUAACAAUUUAUUGUCAGAGUUCGAGGACGAAAAGAUAAACAUCUUGCAAUGCCUUAAGAAGUUGGAGAAUAUGAUCCAUUUGUUUUCAAUCAAUGGGGUCAAGAUGGAUCUUAGCAAUGGUGAAUAUCUUGGGACAGAUGAUCUUAAACUUGAAAAUGGUGAAGAUCAUGCCAAAGACGAUGACAAUGACAAUGACAAUGACGAUUGUCUUCCCUCACUUGCAAAUCCUCCAUUUGAUAAAGAAAGUAACGAACUCGAUCGUAGUGAUAGGAAUUCGUCGUCGAAUACCGAAAGGGAAGAUUUCGCGUUUCUAAAAAACGAGGUGUCGAAGCUUAACAAAAGGAUGGAAGUGCUCGAAGCCGACAAGAACAUUCUUGAGCAUACGAUCAAUUCACUCAUAAGGGGAGAGGAGGGGCUUCAGUUUGUUCGAGAGAUCGCUUCCCUUUUACAAGAACUCCGAAAAAUCGGGUUAAGAAGUUGAUGGAUGGCCUGGUGAUAUGGUUCAAAGAAGCCAACCAUUAAGAAGGGGGACGAGGGCGACGUCAACGUCGACCAAGCAAGGUUAGAUUUGAGAAAACUGUACAGUUCCAAUAGCUUGUUUUCUCGAAAGAUAUGAAGAAUAUAAAGGAUUGUUUAGGAUUAUUUUAACUCUUACCAAUACCAAUAAUUUUGAUAUAUAUAUAGGAAAGUUCAUUCCUUGGUUUGUGGUUUGUGGUUUGAAUUGAUGAGUUGAGUUGUUUAUUAGUUUGUUGUUGAUCUUCUUUCUUCUCUUUUGCAGUUCUUCUUUUUGUUUCCCAUUUUUUUGGAGUGAAUUGAGUGAUUUGUUACAGUGUGAAUAUUUGUAACAGUCACUGUGAUCAUUGUAUUGGUUGAUGAUCCCUAUGAUUAAUGAAAAGCCUUUUUGCUUUCUCUC